AUGCCAGUUAGUUUCGCCAUGUUUUGCAAAACACUUCUUGUUUCGGUUGCUUGUGCAGCGGCACUGCGAAGAGAUGAUGUCGGAUCCAACUACCAGCUUCCAACUGUGGCGCUCGCGAAAGGGACCCGACUAUAUUCCUGCCAGCCACACGAGCUCGACCCGCACCGUGACUUGUGGACGUUCAUAGGUUUCGAAUACUUUGGGUAUUGCACUGUUACAUUGGAGGCUGCCACGAAGAAGAUGGCCGAGAUGGGUUGGCAAGGGGAGCCUGAGCAAAUUGGAGAAUUUGAUCCCCAAGUAAGUUACGCCAAAGUUUUUGAAGUUGUUCGACCGUGUGAGAUGGUGCUUGUGGAUGGCAAGAACAGCAGUACCCUGGUUGAGCGUUUCGGUCCCAGCGCCGUGUUUCAAAACGCGAAGACCUUGGACAUGCCAAACUGGAUAUCGCAGUUCAAGCAUGCCGAAAUCAUGUCGCAGAUCAAACAGAAGGAUGGUGUGGUACAAUGUGACGCCGGUCUCGAUGUUGCAGUCUUCCACGGCAUUUCAAGCAAUGACUCCAGUGCUUGCAUUCGGCCAGUCGAGCGGGAUCGCCUCCCAACUGCUGCCGAAAUCGCAGACCAGCAGCGUUUGAUCUCUUCAGCUAGCUGCUCUCGGUUUACAUGA